CAAAAUUAACCAUAAACACAACAAACGCCACAGCGCAUUUUUUAAAUGUUAUAAAACACUCGCAGAAAGUUUGUCCACGGUGUGCGGAGAUAAAAAAAAAGAUGAGUUUCAACGCGGAAGAGUACUAUCGGUCGGUUUUUGACGAGCAGCUCGCCUCGACUAUCGAGGAUUUGGAGAAAGAGUCGGAGGAAAAGACGAGCUCGAUGCUUCUCGCGGAGGACAUCGAGGAGAACAGGAGAGCGACCAUAGCCCUGGAAGAGCAGGAAAAGGAGUUGCAGGGGAAGCGGGAGCGUUUGCGAGAAAGAGCCGAAAAGGUGUCAAAAGAAAAGGAGGAACUGAGGCAGUUAAAACGGGAUACUGCUAAGGAGCUGCAAGAAAAUCAGGCCCAAAAGCUGCAAGCCAUCCAACAUGCAAAGGAAGAGGAAGAAAAAAUCGAAAAGCUAGAAAAGAGCAUUGAAGAACUGACGAAACGGUAUGAAGGCCUGCUCGAAGAAAGACAAGAAGAGCACCGGCGUAGACGGCAGGCCAAACUAAACCGGGAGAGCAGUGCAAAGAUGCCUGGAAAGUUUGAGGACGCCGAUCGACGCCGUGAAUGCCGUAGAGCAGAGUACCUGAGAGACGAAAACCUACGACUUAAAGCUGAACUGAAAGAAAUCGAUCGCUCAAAUCUGGAACUGCAGAAGGACAUAAAGGAGGAGAAGACUCGUAUCCUGCACCUCUCCGAAGAGCUGAGGCAGAAGAAGACAGAGCUGGAAGACAUCACAGCAGAAACAGAAAGAUUGAAACUGAAACUAGAGGAAGAGCUCACCACUGAACAUGAAGACGAGGUCCUGAACGCUCAGAUAAAGGCCGGGAUUCGUUCGAUGUAUCAAAUGAUCGCACCUUACUGGAAAGAGUCUGAAGCUGUUGAGGACCCCUUCAAGCAGCUGCAGCUGAUUCGAAAACAGUUUCAACUUAUGAAAGCUUUUGGUGAAGAACAAAAGCAGGUGAAACUAAAGACAACAAGCAGCGGAGAUCCAAGCUCUGAAGAUGCACUAAAAUCAGACAGAUGUACCUAAACUACAUAAUAAAAUCA